AUGAGUGAAUUCAUAAACCGUCCACGUUCAGAGCUAACUGAACUCGAACUUGCCAAGUUGGAAGAGUUUGAAUUUUUACAUGGACCAAUGUCAUUAAUUAACCAAGCACAGAAAGAAAAUACUCCAGUGAUAAUAUCGUGUCGGAACAAUCACAAACUAGUUGGUAAGAUUCGAGCUUUUGAUAGACAUUGUAACUUGGUAUUGGAGAAUGUCAAGGAGUUGUGGACCGAAACAGUGAAGAAUGAGUUCAAUCAAACCAAAAGUGUCUCUAGGGAGAGAUUUAUUAGUAAGUUGUUUUUGAGAGGUGAUUCUGUUAUCAUAAUAUUGAAAGCGUGA